AUGGACGUUGAUAUCUCAGAUAUCCUUGCGGAUGUCUCGCACUCUCAACCCUACUCAACAACAACACACCCAUACUCUAUCAGUGACACGGACGCCUUUAUAGACCAUCAGCUCCUCACACGCGCAUGGACCUCGGAGCGCUGCGCCCCGGACUUGCUCCCCUAUCCCACAGAGCUCAUGAAUCGCGUCCUGGCGCGUGUCCAAGCACAAAUAUCGCGUAUUGAAGAUCUCGCGAGCGGGAUGGGCGACGAUUACCCCAAGUCGACGGGAGCAGCUGGCGGCAGCACACAGAAUGCCAACCUCGUCCUCGCCAUAUUACAGACGGAUCUGUCCCGCACACAAUUCCUCGUGAGGAGUUUAUUGAGACAACGACUCGCCAAGAUGACCAAAUACGCCACCUAUUACCUCUCUCAACAUCUGAAUUCCGACACCAAAACGUCCGCCAUCAUGUCACCAUCCGAAGUUGCUUUUCUGCGGCAUCACCAAGCGCUGCUCGGCGACCUCUACGAUUCGAGUUUCCUGAACUCACUGCCGGCGGGCCUACGGAGGAUGGACGACUCGAGCGGAGGGGUGCCCAUGAUCGAAGGGCCCGACGGCUCCAAGGCCGUGGUCGUGAGGUGCUUGAAUGAGGGCACGUGGAACAACGAGCGGGAUGUCGAUGAGGCAAGGGACCAGGGCCAGGAAGACGGGGCCAGUGUCGUGCUGAGGUUGAGGAGAGGCGAGGUCUGGGUGGUGAGAUGGAAGGACGUCAGGAAAGGCGUCGAGAGGGGGGAGGUAGAGUUGUUAUGA